AUGAAUUUCGCCAAUAGGGCGCUCAGGAUAUUCGUGAUGCGAUGAUGGUGGCAGAUGGAUUGAUUGAUACUCAACAGCAACAGUCAGAUAAUAACAAUGAAAAUGCCCAAGGGAACAAAGGACGUAGUAACAAUCACGGAUGAUGGGAGCCAUCCAAUAUGACUCAAAAUGGUGAGGGCCCCAAGUGGAUAGGCUGUCACGUCUAUGGAGGACCCUAUCGGAGUGCCAACUACUUGGACCAGGCAGACCGUUGUAUGACAAGAGCCCGCUCAACCUAAUGCUGGCGUAGAGUAGUCCCCCUAGAGAUUGAAGAGCUAACUAACCUAAAUACCAUUCAACUCGUAAAUGCAGUGCAGACUAGGGUCAUUCAAGCUACCCCAAGGAAACUAUUAUUUGUGGAGGCCACAGUCAACAAUAUCUCGACAAGGGCCCUAAUAGAUUCUAGGGCGACCUAUAAAUUUUUAUCUGAGGGAGAGGACUGCCGAUUGUGAUUGUGGCUAGUUCAGAUCAGUAACGUAAUCAAAGCUGUCAAUUUUGAAGCCUAAAUGUCCGUAGGGUUGACUUGACAAGUAAGGUCCAAAUGGAUACUUAGCGGGACACGCCGAAUUUUCUAGUCCUAAGAAUGGACGAUUUUGAUAUUAUUUUGGGCACCGACUUCAAUUAAGGCAGAGGUAGGAUACGAAAAUCGACGAUUGAAGCAUCUGAGGCCACUCGUGGAUACACGACAGAAGGGAUUGUUCUAUCUCUUUUUUUUCAUUGCAAGAGAAUUCUCAUAUGUGAGGGCGAGCAAUUUUGUUUUGUGUAGGGGUCUACACAAGAGACAACAAAGGCUCAAUUUCUUUCUGUGAUGUAGUUGAAUUCUGAUUUGCAAAAAGAUGCAUACACCUAACUCGUCACUUUACGAGAGGUGGAAGGAGAAGGAAAGCUGGUGGGCCACCCACAAGUACUGCCCCUACUCAAAGAAUUUCAUACCAUCAUAUGUUUGAAAAACUUCCAACAAAUUUUUCCUCGAGGCCAGACAUCUAACACGCUAUCGAAUUACUACAGGGGGGAGAAACCACCGGCUAGGGCCCCAUAUAAGGUGUCACCGUCUCACUUAGAGGAGCUGAGAAAACAACUGGAGGAGUUGUUGGCGAUAGGGCAUAUUUGCCCCUCUCAUGCCCCGUUUGGUGAUCCGGUUCUUUUCUAG